CAGUCUAAUAAAUCCCCUCUCUCUCUCUCUCUCCUCGCCUUGAUUACCAUUAUUUUAUACCCCUCAGGCCCCUCACAUACAACGCACCAACUAUACAUACAUAUAUAUAGUGAGAGAAAAUGAAAGGCGAGUACGUUGAAGAAAAGGAUCACCCAAACGACAUGUUCGCCAAGCUUAAAUUCCAACCUAACCAACCACCACCGCCGCCGCCUCCCCACCUCCACCACCACCCCCACCACUUCCAACUCACCCCCGACGAACCCGACCACCACCACAGCCCCACCACCACCCUAACCCCGACCACCACCAGCGACGGCGCCACCAUCGAAGUCGUCCGCCGCCCGCGCGGCCGCCCGCCCGGCUCCAAAAACAAGCCCAAGCCGCCCGUCUUCAUCACCCGCGAGCCCGACCCCUCCAUGACCCCGUACUUCCUCGAGGUCCCCACCAGCGUCGACGUCGUCGUUUCCAUAACCAGAUUCUGCAAAAAACACAACACCGGCCUCUGCGUCCUCUCCGGCUCCGGCGCCGUCGCCAACGUCACCCUCCGGCAACCGACUUCCCCCGGCGCAACCGUCACCUUCCACGGCCGCUUCGACCUCCUCUCUCUCUCCGCCACCGUCCUCCACCCGAACAUCACCACCAACCCUUCGAUUGGAAGCAAUGGGUUCGCUAUAACCUUAUCGGGCCCCCAGGGGCAGGUUAUCGGCGGGUCGGUGGUGGGCCCGCUCUUUGCUGCGGGUACGGUUUACGUGGUGGCGGCGUCGUUCAAUAAUCCGUCGUUCCAUCGGUUGCCGGUGGUGGAUGGGGAGGAGGAGGGGGGAGGAGGGAGGGAUGAGAGAGAGGUGUCGCCGGUGGGGUCUGGUGGCGGAGGAGAGGCGGGGGAGUCGUGUGGGAUGUCGGUUUACACAAGUAGCUGUCACGUGGGGGGCUCGGAUGUGAUAUGGGCGCCUACUGCCAGACAACCGCCGCCGCCGCCGCCGCCGCACUAUGGAUGAAUGAGCUUGUUUUUGGCUCUUCUGCUUGUUGCGACUUUCCUGAGUUACGGAGUACCUUGAGCUAGCCCCCUUCUUGAUCCUUGUAUUGCCACAUUUCGUGUGCGGAUGCCCAUUACUAUUGUAAAUCCAGAGUUCUUGUGCCAUAAGAUUGAUUUUGUGAUGAAUCUGAUGAUAUAUUCCUAUAUGAAAGCUUAGGAUUUCGUAAUUGUGUCGUAACUUUGAUCCUAAAUUACAUGUGGUUGCGAUUCUUAGGAUGUUCGUGUUGUAACUUUGAUACUAAAUUACACGUGGUUGCACUCGAUUGCAAUGUGUUUAGUCAAUUAUCUGCCAU